ACCGCCUGAUUAGCAGUUAGCUAACCGAGGCUAAGCUAGCGAUAACGGUCGGUCUUUUCCGUUCUCUCAACAUUAAUGAGUAAAUAAAGGCUCGCAGCAGGUCAGUCUGCGUGUAAUCAGGGAUUUUAACGAGUCCAGAAACGAGAGGAGGCGACGAGAACCGAAACCUGAAUGUUGAUCUUUUGUUUGUCAGGCGGACAGUGAGGGCAUGAUGGAGGCGGUGCAGCAUGUCUGUGAUAAAUGUGGACAGAACGUCUCGGACACGUCCACGUCCGUCUCCCACCGCUGUCCAAAGCUGCCGGUCCGGACCGGUCCAGGGAGCCGGAGCCGGUCACCAGCAGGGAAACAAGCGGUGCAGAAAAACAGCCCCGACACUUCAGCGCCACCUGCAGCGUUCCUUUCUGAGGGGUCGGAGGACGUGUAUCGUACCCACGCCUGCCCCAAAUGUCGGCGCUGCUUCAAGAUGCGCUCCCACCUGCAGGAGCACCUUCGGCUGCAUUUCCCCGACCCGAACCUCCAGUGCCAAACCUGCGACCGUUUCUUCACCAGCCAGAGCAAGCUGCGCAUACACCGCCUGCGGGAGGCCGGCGAGAAGGCCCACCGCUGCCACCUGUGUGAUUAUUCAGCCGUGGAGAGAAAUGCCGUCCGGCGCCAUGUGGCCAGCAGGCAUCCAGAGGAGGCCGACAGCAGCCAGAGCUUCCUCUGUCCCGCCUGCAGUCAAAGCUUCCUCCACAGCCGGACCCUGAAGGCCCACAUGAAGACACACAACAUCCGGAGGGACGGGGCGCCGGUGGCCUGCUUCCAGGACGGCUGCUCCUUCCAGAGCUCCCAGAGCAAAGACCUGCUCAGACACGCCGCUGAGGAGCACGGGGUCAGGGCGGCGGCGUGUCGUCACCACGCCUGCAGCGCCGUCUUCAAAUGCGACGCAGACAUGGAGGAUCACUACCGGACCCACCUGGCCUACCGCUGCUCAGACUGCAGCUUCUGCUGCUCCAAUAAGAACGUCUUCCUGCAGCACCGGCGCCUCGGCCACACCGGCCUGCAGAAGCUCUGUUGUGACUUUUGCCCCUUUGUGACCUUUAACCCCGUGGAGUACGAGCAACACGUUGCGCGUCUGCACGCCAACGAGAAGAUCCACCGCUGCUCCCAGUGCAGCUACGUCACGGCGCAUAAACGUGGCCUGAAGCGACACGUCCUGGUGCACAGCGGUCAGAAACCUCACAAGUGCAGCUUGUGUGAGUUCAGCUGCAGAGACGAGUCGUACCUCUCCAAACACAUGCUGGUUCACGCUGAGCACAAGAACUUCCUGUGCGCUGAGUGUGGAUACGUCACCAAGUGGAAGCAUUACCUGACCGUCCACAUGAGGAAACACGCCGGAGACCUCAGAUAUUCCUGUGAUCAAUGCUCCUACCGAUGUCACCGAAUGGAUCAGCUUCAGAGUCACAAAUUACGGCAUCAACCUAAAUCCCUCAUGUGUGAGAUCUGCGCUUACGCCUGCAAGCGCAAGUAUGAGCUCCGCAGCCACAUGCUGGCCAAACACUCUGGACAGGAGAAGAAGUCUGCUGCAUAUAAGUGCAAGUACUGCUCAUACACCACCUGGUACCGGCAGGCGCUCCAGAACCACGAGAACUGCAAACACACCAAGCUGAAGGAGUUUGGCUGUGCGCUCUGCUCCUACUCGUCCUACAGCAGCAUCAGCCUCUUCCUGCACAAGAGGAAGGUCCACGGCUACGUCCCUGGAGACGCAGCCUGGCUGGAGAACUACGCAGCGAAGGAAAAGGAGAGGAGCUCAGCAGGGUUCAUGGAGGACUUCUACAGGAAGUCCAAACCACCAGCUGCUGGUACACAGCAGAACCAGUCGGGAGCCGAUCCCUGCACAGGAAGCUCUGCCGACGGUUCGGUUCAUGAAGCCGUUUCUGAAAGAUCCGCCAGCAGUCCGGAGCGGUACUGCACUCUGGUGUUGACCACUCUACCGACCGUCGAGGACCAAAACACAGCUUUAAGAAAUGAGAACGGAAACCGCCACAGCACACCGCCUUCAACCGCGUUAGACCCGUCCUCACCUGCCAGCUCAAUGGAGGAAGACGACCUGGGAAUGCAAGACGGACCUGGUGAGCAAAGUGACGUGGAAGAUGCAAGUGAGCCUCCGACCAACCCGAGUCGAUCUGUUGAGUCUGUGGACGAUCGGACCUUCACACCUGAGGGGGCAAAUAAAGUUUCAUCUAUCGGUUCUGCUUUUGCAGCCGAGGAAACCGACCCGUCACCCUCUGAGGUCCGACUGAAAGCUUUGAGGAAACACGACAAGGACCAAGCAGACGCCAUGGUUCUAGAGGGACGGGUCCAGAUGCUGGCGGUGCCGUCGGAAGCUGUUUACCGUUGUGAUAAAUGUUCCUACGUAACCAGCAAGGAGACGGCUUUGGACCAGCACUGCAGACAUCUGUGUCACCGCAGGACGAAGGGACACGAGUGCCCGUCCUGUGGGGAGCGAUUCAAACAGAGGCGCAGGUUCGAUCACCACCUUAAAAAUCAGCAUCCUGCUCCUCCACCCAACACGGCUUCACCACGACGUCCUGCUGCAGCGCCGGCACAAUCCGAACCACCACAAAGUUCACAUCAGACUGAACUUCUGUCCUCUGCAAACGAGACGUCCACAGAACUGAAACAUCAACGAGAACCGCGCACCGCCCAGAUCCAAACAGCCACCGUAUCAGAACCUCAGGCUGGUGAAAUCAUGGCAAAUACAAAGAAAGUUUCAACUAAAACAUCACAGAGCAAAGCCCUCUAUGUUAAAAAAGACGGUACAUUUGAAUGUGAGCUGUGCAGCUUUUCCUCAGCCAACCUGGCAACCUUUAAAAAACACCUCCAGACCUGCAGAGAGACUUCAGGUCAGAUCGUUUCUGAAACGGACAAAGAAGGGAGUGAAAAACUCAAUAGUAUGGAGGACCAUGUAGGAAAGACCAACGAUGGCAGUUCAGGAGAAAACCGACCAAUCUCUGCAUUAAGAUGUAGUCGGAGAAGAGCUGUGACCGACAGGAAAGGCCGUCUGCAGCCAUGUGAGGCCUGGUGUCCCAGCUGCCCUCAUUCAGCCAAACGUUCUCUGUCCCGUCACAAGGAGGAAAAGCUUCAGGAUCCAGUAGAGGAUCGGUUGCACUGCCAGCAGCCGCGGACGUUUCGCUGCAGCCGCUGUUCCUUCAGCGAGUCUCUGCACACGGGCGUCGGCCGUCUCAGCUGCGACGCCUGUCACCAAACCUUCAGCGCAGUGUCCAAACUGCGCCAGCAUAAGAAACGCAUCCACGACAAACAGCCCACACACUUCUGCCCGCUGUGCGACUUCGCCGGCUACGCUCUCGACGACGUCAGACGUCACAGCCGCCGGUGCCACUCAGGGGAGCUGCAGCACAUCUGCAGUCACUGCAACGCUCGGUUUAGUUCUGAGAUUGCUCUGAGGAACCACUGCAAACGGGCGCACCAACUUCAGGCCUGCUUUUCAUGCAAGAAGUGUGACUUUACAUGCAGCAGCGAAGGGACACUGAAGCAGCACCAGCAGAGCAGACACCCGGAGCUGCAGUGCAGCACCUGCCAGGAGGAGUUUCAGACUAAAGAAAGCCUCGGCCUUCAUCAGAGGACUCACCUGGCACACCCAUGCCAGCUCUGCCCCUUCGCAGCCAAAACAAGGCCGCUGCUAGCGCAGCACCUUCUGAGCCAACAUGAGGGGGGGUCAUCAGAGGACAAGCCUCUGCGCUGCAGCACAUGUGAGUUCACCUGUCGGCAUCAGCUGGUGCUGGAGCAGCACCUCCGGUCACAUGGGAGCAAGCGCUUGUACAAAUGCACAGACUGCGAGUACGCAACCCGGAACAAGCAGAAGAUCACGUGGCACAUUCGCAUUCACACCGGGGAGAAACCGUACAGCUGUGAGCAGUGCAGCUACGCCUGCUCAGACCCGUCCAGGCUGAAGCUGCAUAUGAGAGUUCACCAAGAAGAGAAGAAGUACCUUUGCCCAGAAUGCGGCUACAAAUGCAAAUGGGCGACGCAGCUGAAGUACCACAUGACCAAGCACACGGGGGAGAAACCAUACCCCUGUGAUGAGUGCGGGUAUCGCACCAACCGAGCAGACGCCCUGCGCGCACACCGGGACACGCAGCACUGCGACCUCCGACCUUAUGUCUGCGAGAAAUGCGGCAAAGCCUUUAAAACCAGCUUCAUCCUGAAGACCCACCAGAAGAAGCACACGGACGACCGAGCGUACGUCUGCGGACUCUGCCAGAAAUCAUUCCGGUGGCCCGCGGGUCUCCGACAUCACUUCCUGUCCCACACGGAGCAGCGGCCAUUCUCCUGCCGCCACUGCGCUUACAGAGCCAAGCAGCGGUUCCAGGUGGUCAAACAUCUGCAGAGGCACCAUCCCGAGGAGUCGGCGGAGCAGGGCGUGCUGCGGGACUCAGACCGGAGCAUCCUCACCCUGAAGGAGGCCCUGCAGGGGGCGCCACACGCCGCAGCGGUCAGGGAGCAGCGUCCUCCAGCCAGGGAAGAAGAGGCUGUUUCUGAAGGAGACGGAGCUGCAAAACUAAACACCGAAACCCAGUGAAGAUCCUGAGAUGUAUGAAUAUUUAUGGGCCGACUCUUGGUUCCAUUUGAGGAAAAAACAGCAAACGUUGUGUUUAUGAACAAAGAAAUGAGCCAUAAGGUAGAACAUCAUCAGUUAACACUGUUUUUAAUAAGGUCUAUUUUUACAUGUAUAAUACUGAUAUUUGGCAUUUUGUACAUUCGUUUCCAACAGUCGUCGUUAUGUUGCUGUUCGUUCAGGCAGGUUAACAUGCAGCGAAAUGUUCAGACUCUACAUGAAAACAUCUGAGGGAUCUACCACUAAAUAUACAGUCAUUUUCCUUCUGACCUAAAAACUGUGAUGAAUAAAAACUCAUAAUUACUUUAAAA